AUGAAGGCAUUUACCUCACUUAUUGCUCUUACUUUGGCUGCUCUUGUCUCUGCUGCUCCCAUUGGUGGCUCCAAUGAAACCAGCACUACUAUUCCUGCUUCGGGAUCAAGUAACCGCACAUCUUCUACUGUGCCCACAUACGACCAUUGUGCUCAAGCUGGCCAUUUUGCAUUGACUUUUGAUGAUGGGCCAUUCCAAUACUCCUGGGAUCUCGCAAAGUAUCUUCAUUCAAGAGGCAUCAAGGCUACUUUCUUUACAAACGGUAACAACUGGGUUGAAAACUUCAAAACCGCUACCACCAACACAUCUGAUAGUAUCAAAUCUUACAUUGACGUCCUCAAAUACUAUCAUGAAUUGGGUCAUGAAAUUGGUAGCCAUACAUACGAACACAAGGUGCUGAAAGGCCUUUCUACUGCUGAGGUUGAGUAUCAAAUGAACCAACAAUCCGAUCUCAUCUAUGAGGCAAUUGGACAAAGACCUCUUCUUAUGAGACCCCCUGAGGGCGAGCUUGAUAACGCUGCAUCUUUGGUCUUGAAUAGACUUGGCUAUAGCAGUGUUCUUUGGGAUAUUGAUAGCAAGGAUUACGAGUUGAAGGGUCUGGCUUACUCACAAAAUUUGGUGCGCAGCGUUGUUGAUGCUGAUAGUACCGGUGGUCACAUCUCACUUCAGCAUGAUGUUCAUGAGGCUUCUGCUGUUGAGCUCACUCCUUGGAUGGUUGACUAUAUUACCUCCAAGAACUACACCUUUGUCACAGUUUCUGAAUGUUUGGGAAUCAGCGCUUAUCAAUAA